UUGGAGAGUAUUGACUGCAAAUCCGGUUCGCCUGUCAAAUAGCAGCGAGCGAGUCGCACACCCCUAUAAUAUUGUGGCACAUUGAAAGACAGGCAGUCAGACAGUAGGUACAUUUUCUUGCUCACGAUAGAAGGGGAGUUGUUUGAUUGCUCUGCUCGAAUAGGAAUUUAAACCCUCCCUAUCAACUGAUUUAAAGAGACGUUUUGACAUUUGUCAUUGCAUAGCAUUAAUUUCUGAAAGAAAAUGGCGGAUGUAGAGACUGGUGGUGCUGCACCGGAGAAGAGCCUGGAUGAUUUCUUUGCCAAGAGGGAUAAAAAAAAGAAGAAAGAAAAGGGAGGCAAGGGAAAGGAAGUCCCAUCUGGGCCCACACCAAUUGUAUUGAAAAAGAACAAGAAAGAAAAGGAGAAGUUCGGCACGAAAAAUGAAAAUCAAGAUGCGCAGCCGGAGAAGGACGACGAGGAGUGGAAGGAGUUUGAGGCAAAGGAGGUGGACUACAGUGGACUCAGACUGCAGGCUCUGCAGAUAAGUGAUGAGAAGGAGGAAGAUGAGUAUGAGGAGGAGGUCGGUGAGGAUGGAGAGAUAAUCCUGGUCAGUGGAGACAAAAUGUCUGGACCCUGGAACAAAUCUGGUGCCCCGCCCCCAGCCGCUGCCCCUGUUGAGGUGGAAGAGGUGCCUGAGUCCAAGCCUUCUGGGGUGUACCGCCCCCCAGGGGCCCGACUGACUACCACAAAGCGUGGCCACAACCAGGGGCCCCCUGAGAUCUUCAGCGACACACAGUUCCCCUCACUCAUGGCCGGCUCCAAACAUGUGGAGACACGCAGGGACAGAGAGCUGGAGAAGACCUUUGAGGUGGUGAAGCACAAAAACCGUGGCCGAGAGGAGGGCGGCAGUGGCGCUUCCCUGCAGCAGUUGGAGCUUGGUAAUCAGUACGCCAUCCUGGGGGACAAGUAGUGCCCUGCACAGCCAGCGUGGUCUUACCCAGCUGCCAGAGGGAGCUGAACUACAGCUGUGUACCUAACUACAGUGCAGUCCUGACAACAAACACUGGUGUUGCUGCCACCACCACACUGGACCUUCUCUCCUUCUUACACACCACAGUACAAAAAUACAGUAUACAUACAAACACCUCACACAGUCAACCAUAUACACUGACACACACUUUACAUCUACACAGACACUCCCACUAUGUCAAUACAUUCACGUGUAUAUACAGUACUUACACAAAGCACCUGGUUGGCAAAACUGAAGGACUACAUCCAAAAAGGGCUGUGGCAACGGGGAUCAACUGAAACAAAUGUCAAAUCUAUAUGAUACACCCAUAUGACACUGCAGCAGCAACAACAACAGCAAAGGCAACUUUAGGUUGUCUUUUGUGGAUUGUAGUCAGAGUAGUAGUUGUAUGGUACAACUUCUCUCUGGACUUCAACUUUCUUUGAUAAAGCCACAGAGGAUCAAAGAAGACACAAAAUUGGGCAAGAUGAAUUUAUGGACUGUUGAGAAUGGAUAUAUUUUUUGUGAGAUCGUUAUAACCUGAACUGCACAUGGUUUGUAAUUGUUGGGGUGAGUUAUGGUUUGGGCACACGAGCGGAGACUCGGUCGCGUGACUGGUGACCAUGUUGAGCGGGGACUUUGCUCUUAUUGGUGGUAAGUGGGGCAAACACCAGCCCUGCAGAAGAGAGAACCACCUUAAACUUUGUUUUCCUCAAAAAAGGGACUCCUACAAAGAUCUGUGAACACUGGAGAGAAGUUAUGGUCCUCAUUCAGAAUGACUAUUUAAAAGUGGCCUUAGUGUAAAGAGAGAAACUGCCUCGUCCUCUGGAGAGAAACUUGCUGGUUGUCUCAUGGGCUGUUGCCUGCCUCCUGGAUCGCACCACUUAAAAGGAAACCAACCUCCCAAGUUAAAUGUAGUGCUAAGUUGUAGUUUGUCAGAUUACACCGACUGUCCUUCAUAUCUACUGUUAGACUUGCUCACCCUUUUUUUGAUUAUUAACAUUGGCAAACCAUUAUUUAAGCUCUUUUCUAAUCUGAAGUCAUUACUUUGGUAGAUGACUUUUUUUAAAGCAUUCUGAGGAUUAGUUUGAGUUUUUUUGUUAUGUUUUACUUGGAGGGCUGUUUCUUCACCAUAGUGUUUAUGUACUUACACCAUUGUGUAUAGGUGGGACAGAGGGGAAGUAGACUGACAUUGUUACAGGUGCAAAGACAUUGGCUACAGCGUCCCAAAAAUGACCCUUCUGUACUCAAUGCCUGUAAUUGACCUUAGUAAGUAUGGCUUGUCAUACUGCUGUCCAUUUUUGAUUACUUAUUUCAUUUGGAGAGAGUUCAGAUCCUUUGACUUUAUCCACAUUUUGAUACGUUACAGCCAUAUUCUAAAAUGGAUUAAAUAUUCUCAUCAGUCUACACACAAUGCCCCAUAAUGGCAAAGCGAAAACGUGUUUUUAGAAAUUGUAGUAAAUGUAUUUACAUAAAUAUUCAGACCCUUUGCUAUGAGAUUUGAAAUUGAGCUUAGGUGCAUCCUGUUUCUAUUGAUCAUCCUUGAGAUGUUUCUACAACUUGAUUGGAGUCCACCUGUAGUAAAUUCACUUGAUUGGACAGGAUUUGGAAAGGUGCACACACCUGUCUAUAUAAGGUCCCACAGUUGACAGUGCAUGUCAGAGUAAAAACCAAGCCAAGGAGGUUGAAGAAAUUGUCUGUGGAGCUCCGAGACAGGAUUGUGUCGAAGGGUACCAAAACAUUUCUGCACCACUGACUGUACAAGAACACAGUGGCCUCCAUCAUUCUUAAAAGGAAGAAGUUUGGAACCACCAAGACUCUUCUUAGAGCUGGCCGUUCAGCCAAACUGAAAAAUUGGGGGAGAAGGUCAGGGAGGUAACCAAGAACCCGAUGGUCACUGAUAGAGCUUCAGAGUUCAUCUGUGGAGAUGGGAGAACCUUCCAGAAGGACAACCAUCUCUGCAGCCCUCCACCAAUCAGGCCUUUAUGGUAGAGUGGUCAGACGGAAGCCACUCCUCAGUAAAAUGAUGUUUUUCAGCGGUGGGGACUGGGAGACUAGUCAGGAUCGAGCGAAAGAUGAAUGGAGCAAAGUAUAGAGAGAUCCUUGAUGAACACCUACUCCAGAGCACUCAGACUGGAGCGAAGGUUCACCUUCCAACAGGACAACGACUCAAAGCACACAGCCAAGACAAUACAGGAGUGGCUUCGGGACAAGUCUCUGAAUGUCCUUGAGUGGCCCAGUCAGAGCCCGGACUUGAACCCCAUCGAAUGUCUCUGGGGAGACCUGAAAAUAGCUGUGCAGCGACGCUCACCAUCCAACCUGACAGAGCUUGAGAGGAUCUGCAGGGAAUACUGGGAGAAACUCCCCAAAUACAGGUGUGCCAAGAUUGUAGUGUCAUAACCAAGAAGACUCAAGGCUGUAAUCGCUGCCAAAGGUGCUUCAACAAAGUACUGAGUAAAGGGUCUGAAUACUUAUGUAAAUGUGAUUUCUUUUUGCAACAAAAAAAUAAUCUGUAUUUGCUUUGUCAUUAUGGGGCAUUGUAUGUAGAUUGAUGGGAAAAAACAAAUGAAUCCAUUUUAGAAUAAGGCUGUAAUGUAACAAAAUGUGGGAAAAGUCAAGGAGUCUCCCUCCCCAUAUCCGCUGAAUGCACUGCAUCCAUUUGCGUUCUCUUAUACUCAUUGCAUUGCUUCAGUCCAAGGCAUUGAAGUUUGCCUUGUUCUGCAGCAUGGAACUCACCCAUCUUUCUCCCUCCUCCCUGUAGAGAUCGAUGCCCUCAAAGGUUGUUCCAAAAAAAUAUGAAGUAUAUUAUUUCAGCACUUAUUGAAAUGUUUGUAGAGCAGGUCUAUGACAUGUAAUUGUGGUCCUGGAGAGUCAGUGGCUGCUGUCUGACUUUUUAUUUUUGGGCUCCAAACCACCUGAUCUGUCUCCUCUAACGAACCAAUGAGGUUAUCUCAAAGGUCAGGGGGUUUAGAUAAGAAUAAGCAUGCUUGCAUUUCCUUAGGUUGAACAGAGGGUUAGAACUAAAAAGAGCUGGAGUUGUGUUCAUUUCUGUCAAAGCCAAUCGAACUGAGAUGUAGAGAUUUGUGGAGGGCACUGUAACACGUUACGCAGCCUGUGGUCCUCUGCCAAAACAAUGUGGGUGGAAGUAGUGAAAAUGUCAGAGGACUCUUAAUCAAAGAACAGUUUAACAAAAAAUAAACAGUGAUCCUUGUGAA